AUGCGGCGCCGGCUGCAAAUGCUUUUCCAAAGGAAAUUCAAAGUCAUCCUCCUCUUUCUCCUGCUCUUGGCCCUCCUGAUGCACCUGGUGAUGGAUUUGGCUCUCCCCACAGCCCUCAGGCCCUGCGGCUGCAAUGCUAAAGCACCGAAAGCCUCAGGUGUUCCGUCAGGCAGCCCCGUUGUGGUCGGCCCCAAAAAGCUGAGCCUGCGAAUCCUUCAGGAUUUCAGUGGCAGCAACGCCUCCUUGGAGAAAAGCUCCCAGCCACAGGGAGCAGGGCUGCACGCAAAGGCUGGAGACCUGGGGGUCCGGCACCAGCACGGAGAGGGGAAUGCAGGGCGGACCCAGGGAUCAAAGCUGGUGGCGCUCUUUGAGCAUCCCCUUUACAACAUCCCAAUCCCGGAGGUGACAGAGAAAGACAAGCUGUUUGUCGUCAACCCUAUGGAGAAGUUCAGCCUGCACAGCAGCGGGAGUGAUGAAUGGGUCAGCAGCAGUAAAGCCGAGACGCUCCUCCCGACAGGGAAGACAGCCUACGACACUUACCCUGCCUGGCUCAAAUUCCAUGUCGGCAUCAACCGCUAUGAGCUAUACCCCCGCCGGGACCCCUUAAUGCCCACCCUCCUCCGGGACUUGGCCACGCAGAGGAUCGUCAGCUCAGUCCAGAAGUCUGGUGGGACCCAGCUCAAGCUCAUCAUGACGUUCCCGAACUACGGGCAGGCCCUCUUCAAGCCCAUGAAGCAGACCCGGGACCAGGAAACCUCCAUCGACUUCUUCUACUUCUCGGACUUUGAGCGGCACAAUGCAGAGAUUGCAGCUUUCCACCUGGACAGGAUCCUGGAUUUCCGGCGAAUACCCCCAGUUUCUGGCCGUUUGGUCAAUAUAACGAAGGAGAUUCGUGACAUCACCACAGACAAGAAACUGGCUAAGACUUUCUUCAUCUCCCCAGCGGGCAACGUCUGCUUCUAUGGGGAGUGCUCCUACUACUGCUCCACCGAGCACGCCCUCUGCGGCAAGCCGGAUCAGCUGGAGGGCUCCAUGGCUGCCCUGCUGCCCGACAAGACCUUGGCCAAGCGCCGCUCCUGGCGCAGCCCCUGGCGCCGCUCCUACCACAAGAGCAAGAAGGCUGAGUGGGAGCUGAACCCCAACUAUUGCGCUCAAGUGCGAGAGACGCCACCCUAUGACAGGGGCCAUCGCCUCCUCGACCUCAUCGACAUGACGGUCCUUGAUUUCCUUAUGGGCAAUAUGGACCGGCACCACUACGAGACCUUCGAGAAAUUUGGGAACGACACUUUCCUGCUCCACCUGGACAACGGCCGUGGCUUCGGUACGCACUCGCGUGAUGAACUGUCCAUCCUGGCCCCGCUCCAGCAAUGCUGCAGCAUCAAGAAGUCGACCUACCUGCGGCUGCAGCUGCUGGCCACCCAGCCCUACCGCCUGAGUGACCUGCUGCGGGAGGCACUGGCCACCGACCCCCUAGCCCCCAUCCUGGCUGAGCCCCACCUGCAGGCGCUGGACCGUCGCCUGGGGAAGGUGCUGGCAGCCGUGGGACACUGCCUGGCCAGGGUGGCCCACCCAGACGAGGUGCUGGUGGAUGAUGUGGGGCCACGGGUGUGA